UACUCGUACCAAGCAGACCUAAAAGUUUUUCUUUAUUGACUUCUGAUCAAACUAUUUUGUUUUUCUGUUUCCCACUUCUUCCAUUGGUCUAUCAUACCUAUAUCUCUAUGCCCAUAUAUCUUUCUGUUUGACGCAUUUGAAUGAUCCCAGCAGGAAUGUGUACCUCUGUCUUGGGAUUUUGUAAGACUAUUGGAAUGCACACAAUUUAAUUUGAUCCGAUUGGAAUUCUAUAUAUCUGAAAUAGGAGCUGCAAAGGGUUUCAAUGAAUUUUUGGUUGCUCAUUUUCCCAACUUUUUGAGAGGAAGGCCAAACAGAGAGAAACCAAGAAUUCGAGGGGUCGUGUUCUUUAUAGCUCUAUUUUUAUAAUUUUGGAUUUUCUUAGCCGAAUCCCUGUACCCAUACCUGGAUCCGCACCCCCGAAUCUUAAAAUUUAGAUUUUGCCGAAUUCGACACUCGGAUCUGUACCCGUAUCGGAUACCCGCACCCGAGUCCAAGCAACUUAGAUGUGGCCUUUGUAUGUUCUCUUGAGUAAGUUUUCGAGGACAGAAGAAGAAAGCACUCAAGGAUCUGGAAGGGAUCAUUUAAGCUGGGUGGAGUCCUUCCUUUGUAAACGAUCAGUUGGCACAAACAAAUGCGACAAUACAGUCCUUUCGUGUUCAUCCUUUUGUGAAGUUCCGCACAUUAACCAAUUACAUACAUGGGACUGUGGUCUUGCUUGUGUUUUAAUGGUUUUGAGGACUCUUGGGAUAAAGGAUGGUGAUAUGCAAGAACUGGAAGAGCUCUGCUGCACUACAAGUAUUUGGACAGUUGAUCUGGCAUAUUUGUUGCAUAAAUUUUCUGUCAACUUUUCCUACUUUACAGUCACAAUAGGAGCUAAUCCAAGUUUCUGCGCGGAGACAUUUUACAAGGAACAAUUGUCCAAUGAUCUGGUCCGAGUUGAUAUGCUAUUCCAAAAGGCACGUGAUGCUGGUAUUAAUAUAGAGCACAUGGUGGCUAUUAGUAUAUUACUAAGGAAUCAUAAAAAGUGCAGAUCAAUUAGCAGUGAAGAGAUUUCUUCAUUGAUCAUGUCUGGGAAAUUUAUUGGGAUCGCUUUGGUUGACCAAUACAAGUUAAGUCACUCGUGGCUGGAAGAUAUUUGUAUAUCAGACUUCUGCAAUGAUAGCCCAGGCUAUACUGGUCACUAUGUUGUCAUCUGUGGAUAUGAUGCUGAUACAGAUGAGUUUGAGAUUCGUGAUCCUGCCAGUUCAAGGAAGCAUGAAAAGGUCACCUCAAGCUGUUUAGAAGGGGCACGCAAAUCAUUUGGAACUGAUGAGGAUCUUUUACUGGGAAUACAGGGCACCCUUCUGAUGGUUCAUUAAUGCUACUACUCGUUGUCGUUGGCUGUAAGCUCACGGAGAAGUAAUUACUUCAUCAAAAGGGGAUAAAAGGAGAACUUUGGAGAGCAGUAUUCGACUAUUCAUGCAUGAAAACUGGCUAACCGCCACGGGUUUAUUGUUGGAUAACAUAUCAUGUUUCAAGCGUUGCAAAAGCUCUAAACUUAUAAAAAGAAAAGUGUUAUACAAGACCUAAAUCAAAUAUGGCUUUAGUAUAAACUGCUGGAUGAAAUUAGUAAACAUCUUUUACUAUUCCUUUGGUAAUGACCACCAAUCUACAGUGUCAGUACCUUCCCCUUGACCCUCCUGAGUUUGUUGCCCCGAAAUAAGUUGAACAUAUGAGAAUAUAAUCAUUACUUAUCAACAAAAAAAAAAAAAAAAACAAAACAAAAAAAAAAUCUAUUCCAGAAAAGGCUGGAGUUGCAUUAAAUUUUUGUAAAUUUUGCAUCAGAUAGUUUUUUAAUAUGCUCUUUUGAUGGAAAUAUUGUAAGAUGCCACAAGUGACAUUCUUAAGAUUUUAUAUUUG